GGAAUUAAAGAUAACGCUCUUUCCGUUUCAGAUCAGGUGCAUGACCUCAAAAGACAAGAAGCACCGCUGAUGGUUAUGCCAUAUUCAAGCAGCCUAAAGUCAUAAAUCCCCCCCUUACUAGAAAAGGUCCUGAGAAAGCUCUUCCCACAUUCCAUAAUUUUAUCAAAAACAAUAAUAAAAAAGAAAGGACGUUUCUUGGGCUUUGCCCCUCCUCCAUUCUCUCUCUCUCUCUCUCUGUGCACAGUGCACGCUUUACCUUUCACCCUUAGAUCAUCACAGAUCAACUAGGUCUCUUCUUCCCAAUAAUUUUUGUUUUCUUCAAGGAAAGAAAAGCAAAAGGAGAGGUGGAAAUGUAGGGAGAGGGGAAGAAAGUAAAAAUUUGAGGAGCCCUUGGAAAAAAGUUUUCCCUUUUGCGAUCAGUUCUUCACCGAGCGGUGACUUCUCUCUCCCCAACUUUUUGUCCCUAAAGCCCCGAAACCCAGUGAAAGAAUUUCUGCACUUCCAAUCCCCAUGAACCAUGAUGUCUACCUGAGCAGAUUUCCAUCUCCCUAAUCCGCCGAAGCCCACCGCUUCCGAGGUUUUCAUCUUUGCGCCGAACCUCUUAAACCCUUUCAGAACCUCGCAGGUUGUUUGUACUCUCUCCCUGAGGACGACCCAGUACACCCCUGGGUCCUUUUGCUCUCUCGGUAGCCUUGCCGUCGAUACUGGCAUGUCUACCGCCACGCCGCUGUACGAGCAACCGCCGCCCACGCCCGUGACGGCCCAGGCCUACACCUCCCACGCCGGCCGCGGCUCGGUCGGGCCGGUCAUUGCGGUCCUCGCGGUGAUCACGGUGCUGGGAGUGAUAGCCGGCAUGAUCGGCAGGCUGUGCUCCGGGAGGCCCAUCAUGGGUCACGGCCAGUAUGACUUCGAAGGGUGGAUCGAGAGGAAGUGCUCCGCCUGCCUCGACGGCAGGGUCGACCCCCCUCCCCAGCGGCCGGCGGUGGGCGCCGCAGCCGCGGCCGCCGUUGGCGUUGGCGCCGAGGAAGCGGCCCAGGAGGAGGCCGUGGAGGAGAUUAAGGUAGAGGAGGAGGAGGAGGAGGAGGAGUUGGAAGAGCCUCAGCUGCAGAGGAGACAACAUGGACAUGGCACUUCUUAAAGUCUCGACAAUCUCAUUCGCCUGUGGAGUUUGUUCUUUCCACUCUCUCUUAAAGCUGGAUCUCUCUUGAAUUUGAUAGCUGGUGGCGUUCUUAAUUGUUUUCUUCAGUUAAGAAAUUUGCAUUCUUUUGGUAGAAACUGUAGCCGGGCUACUGCGACGGCGAUCUGGAAAUGUUCAAUGAUCGAUUUCUCUAAUCUCUAACAUCCUGAGAGGUUCCUCUCAUUGAGGAACUCGGGUUUUCCGCCACCUUUAGAAAUUCCUUUUGCUUAAACAUUAACGUUAGAUUAGUCACAGGACCAGCAGGACCAAUUUAGGUAAACAUUUUCAAGAAUUCAUCCGGCAUCUCAAGGACACAGCUACUGCAAAAUGUUGUGGCACGAUUGAUAUUUUGCUUUCUGCGUAAGAGGUCAACAAGCUCUUCUAGUUCUAUGUUUGAAUGUACUCAUUAUUCUUCGCCUCUUCGCCUCUGCGGAUUCUGACCAUCUGCAUUGAGUUGCACAUGGCAUUGUGAAACUUUUCUAACUCUAGCAUAAAA